AUGGGUAUCGAGGAUAGUUUGAAGACUUUACUACAAGACACAGAUAAAGCAACCGCAGUGGACUUAACGUACUGGUCAUCAUAUAAGGGAUGCUACCAGGUUGCCUUUCAAGAUGUUCAAACCGAUACUGUAUAUGUGUUGGCCAUAGAGGAAGGAUUAACCAAUAACCCAUUCGUUGGGACGAUAACAUUUCCAAGUAUUGCAAAGCAAUGUGAAGAACAAGGUAUUGCAUCGAAUGCCAGUGUAAUACAAAUAUGGAAAAGGGUCAAGAAUUGCGUUUUGCAAGAGACGUUGGAUUCUUUCGAUGUUUCAGAAUCUCAAUUCAAAAUAUCUGUUACAGUAACUGAUAUUUUGAAAGUUUUCUUUACUAUUCCUUGUAUCAAAGUAAAGGACUGUCAACUAGUAUCUAUUAUCAUGGGAUCAUUAGUCAAAUAUGUCUCAACUACUGCUCAAAGGUGUAUGGAGGAAACACGAAAGGUUAUUUGUAUUAUCAAAGAAAAAGAUAAAAAUAUUGAGUACCUCAAAGUUCUGGUGAAGGAUCUCGGUGGAGGACAGAUUUUAGAGAAGCAUGCUCCUGUCGGUUCUGUGAAUCACGCUGUACUUAAGCCAUUUGAUGAGGUACAUCUUAGAGACCAAAUUGUUGCUGAUAUGCCAAACGACAACCAGGGGUUCCAUACCAAAGACAUAUUUGAGGUUGGAAAAACAUAUAUAAAUGCUAAUAGGACUCCAAUCCAUGACCAACUUGAUAAUCAAGUUCUUCCAAAAGAGUCUGAUAUUGUAAUACCAGGUAUAGGUAGUACCCUGCGACAUUAUCAGGAUAGUAAACUUCAGGGACACUUCAAACAUUCUAUUAAUAGUGAUGAUCAAUCCGAUAAUCUAGCAUCAAUUGGUAAGCAUCUUGUUGUAUCAAAUUGUGACGAAAAUUCGAAUUCAGCGAAGGUAAUAGGACCUAUUAUUAAAACCAAUAAGAAGCGAAAAUUUGGCAGAGUUAAAACAGGUAAACCAUCUUAA